AUGGAGCCAGAAGCUGAGAUUCCAAAUGCUGGCGACAAUGUAGAUGCUCCAAAGCCUGCUACAUUUGAGGGCCGCUUACAGUUAAGAAACUUCAUGUACAGCGCCCCACAGCAGCCCAUACGGAGGAGUCCUCGGUUUGCAGCUGCGUCUGAAUCACCGUCACCAUCUUCAUCCUCAGCGACCACCGUGACGAAGUCUCCAUCAUCCAAGAAAAGACGUCAGACACAAACUCCGGACGAAUCAUCAUCUUCGUCCCCGCAGAAGAAGAAGCGCAAUCGCCAAAAGUCUGGCUAUGCUCCACCCUCAACUUAUGCCCACUUACCAGAGCUGCCUGACGCCGUCGCACCCAAUCUCCUGGUGUUUUUCAUCGGGCUGAACCCCGGCAUAGAGACUGCUCGGACAGGCCAUGCUUAUGCACACCCUUCCAAUCUAUUUUGGAAACUCCUCUUCUCGAGCGGCGUGACGCCCGUGCCGUGCCGAGCCGACGAGGACAGACAGAUGCCGGAGCGGUUCAGCCUUGGGCUCACCAACAUCGUGGCACGGCCCAGUCGAAACGGCGCCGAGCUAAGUAAGCAGGAGAUGGACGAUGGCGUCUCUCUCUUGGAAGACAAAGCUCGCAAGUGGCGGCCAGAGAGCAUGUGUGUUGUUGGCAAGAGUAUCUGGGAGAGCAUCUGGCGUGUACGCCACGGGUCUCCCGUAGGCAAGGCGUUCAAAUAUGGGUGGCAAGACGAAUCUGAGAACAUGGGCAUCAUCAAGGGCGAGUGGGCGGGAGCAAAGGUAUUUGUUGCAACGAGUACAAGUGGUCUUGCAGCAUCCAUGUCCCCGGCCGAAAAACAGGCUGUAUGGAACCAGUUGGGCUCCUGGGUCAAGACAAGAAGAGCUGAAAGAGAGGCUGAGAAAGAGAAGGAAGCUGAAAAGAAGGAGAGCGAGACUGAGCAAGUAGAGGCAGCGGCCGACGCAGAUUCAUAG